GAUAUUAUGACAGAUUUGAAGGAUAACGACAUCUUGUCUUCUUAAUAUUUCCUUGUUCAAGUAUAAUGGAAGUUAACAAUAAUUACAUUAAAAAUCAUGUAAAUUAUAGAUUUAUUGGAUUGGAUCAAAGUAAGAAAUAUAUGAAUGAAGUUUUAACGUUACUUGUGGCUUGUGUGUCUUUUAUAAAUGGUCUUCAUGGAGAUUUUUUACAUGAUGAUAUAUUUGCAAUAAAACAUAAUGCUGAUGUGACAGGACACAAUCCAAUUCUUAAAACAUUCUGCAAUGAUUUCUGGGGUAAAUCAAUGUCGGAUAAUACCAGCCAUAAAUCAUACAGACCUUUAACAAUAUUAUCAUUCAGAUUGAACUACCUUGUGAAUGGCCAUGAACCAUUAUAUUUCCACCUUGUAAAUGUAGUUCUCCAUGCGUUAGUGACCAGUUUAUUUACAUGGACUUGUCAGUAUGUUUUGUAUCUGUCUCCUCAGUGUUCACUGCUGGCAGGACUGUUGUUUGCUGUUCAUCCUGGUCACGUAGAAGCAGUGACAGGAUUAGUUGGCAGAGCAGAAGUCCUAUCAGCUUUAUGUUUUAUGUUUUGUUUUAUAUUGUACGCCAAAAAUCUACGCACUUGUAAGAAGGAACAGUUUGCCCAUGUAGAAAAUGUUCCUAUUUUUCUGGUCAGCAUAGUUUGUGGUAUCCUGGCCAUGUUGUGCAAAGAACAGGGUAUUAUGGUUCUACCUGUUUGUAUGUUGUAUGAUGUAUUUAUAUGUUGUAAACCAGGAGUAAUACAAUGUCUCAGAGAUAAGAAUCUCUCCAAAGAUUGUCUUCCAUUAGUAAAGCGUUUGUUAGUCACUACAGUAAUUAUAUUUUGCUUGUUAUUGUUUAGAUGGUGGAUUAUGAAUGGGCAGCUACCAUUAUUUCAACAUCAAGAUAAUCCAGCCUCAUUUUCACCUUAUCUAGUCACAAGAUGUCUCAGUUAUCCAUAUAUAUGGUUUUACAACACUUUUAUUUUGCUGUUACCAUCUACACUAUGCUACGAUUGGCAAGUAGGAAGCAUUCCAUUGGUCGAAACUAUUUUGGACCCUCGUAACUUAGCAACAUUGUUUCUGUUAACGGUUACGACUCUUUUUGCUUUAAAAUGGAUCUCUAGUUUUAAGAAAUCUAACUCUUUCCAUCAUCCAGAUGUAAUCUUCAUUAUUUUUAUUUUCUCCAUCUUGCCAUUUAUACCAGCCUCUAACCUGAUAUUUAGGGUAGGAUUUGUGAUAGCGGAGAGAACUCUAUAUAUACCAAGUACUGGUUAUUGUAUACUGGUAGCUCAUGGGAUAUGUUUGUUAGUUGAAAGAUUUUUUAAAUAUCGACAUUUCAUCGUAGCAGUAACAUUAUUUCUUCUGAUAUUGUUAUUAUGCAAAACAUGGACACAGAACAAAGUCUGGAAUUCUAGAGAAACUCUUUUUAAAUCAGGUGUGAGAAAACUGCCAAAUAAUGCCAAAGUUCAUUAUAAUUACGCAAAUUUGUUGAAAGAUAAAGGACACAUAGAAGACGCCAUCCAUGAAUAUCGGUUGGCUAUUAGAUUGUAUCCAGAUCAUGCCAGUUCCCAUAACAACCUCGGUACAAUACUAAACAAUACAACCGAAGCCAUAUACCAUUUUGAUAAAGCUUUGAAGAUUCUGCCACAUCACCAGGGAGCUCUUAUUAACCUCGGAGCACGAAAAUUCAAACUUGGAAAUCAAGAAGACAGUGUAAGGAUGUUACAAAAGGCUGUUGAAAUAGACCCACAUAAUGUAGAGGGUUUAAUGACAUUGGGUAGUAUGAUGGCUGAACUGAACAGAUGGAAAGAAGCAGAACAUCUCUAUAGUAGAGCCAUUACAGAAAAGCCAGAUUUUGCUGAAGUUUAUCAUAAUUAUGGAACGUAUUUACAUUUGAAAGGUGAUAUUGAAGAGGCAGUUCAUUACUACCAACUUGCAUAUUCACUGGACUCUCAACUUUCUGUUUCUAUGGUGAAUGCAGCAAGAGGUUUACGUCAGAUAGGGAGGCUGAAUGAGGCAGUGUCAAUUCUUGAUCGGGCAUUGUUGUUGGGUAGAAGUUCCGACGCACUUGAUAUGUUAGGACUCGUUUACUAUCAAAUGGGGAGAUAUUCGGAAUCUGUCCGUUUGUUUGAGGAAAUCCUUGGAAACAAUCCAAACAAUACAGAUGUAAUGACUCAUUAUGCACAAGUUGUAGCAAACAAUGGUGACGUCAUAAAGGCUGAGCAUAUACUACACGACGUUUUACACCGCAGUCCUAAUCAUACAGAAGCUUUACACUUUCUGGCAAACGUUCUUGGGCAACUGCAGCGACACCAAGAGGCACUUGUGUAUUUGGAGCAAGCCAUUACCUUACAAGAACAUUCAGGGGACAACGGCGAACUGGAAAACAUGUAUUUCCAGCAUGGUAACCAUCUGAAAGAUUUAAAGCAUUAUGACGAAGCACUUAUUAGUUACCAGAAAACAAUCAAACUGAAUCCGAAAAAAACGAAGGCACUUUUGAAUUUAGGUGCUAUAUUUCACUUAAAGGGUGAUUUUCAACUGGCAGUCAGAUAUUAUGAAGAAGUAACACGAAUUGAACCAAACAAUAAAAUUGCAUUAAAAAAUAUGGAAAAAUUGCAGAAUAUUGGGAUAAAUAGUCAAGUUACAUGAUUGAAGAAAAAAUGCAUCAUAUCAUCAGUAUCUCUCAAUCUUAUUAAUGAGGCUAGAGAAAACAAAUGGUUCCUUCCAUCCAAUCUCAAUUUAUCAACUACAGCAUUUUGAAGAGGUUAUUCUACUUACUAGGGCUUUAUUGUUUAUUUAUUAGUAUUAUCAUUUUAUUGACAGAUUUCUAUUUUAUUGUUAUUGUUGUUUUAUAAGUUUUAUAUAAAUGGUGCUUUACUGAUUAAAUUUUGUUAAAAACAG